AUGGGUCGCAUGUACUCUAAAGGAAAGGGUAUAUCCUCUUCAUCCAUUCCAUACCGGAGAAAGAUGCCAGUAUGGCUGAAGGCGAAACCUUCGGAGGUGGAGGAUCAGAUUGUAAAAUUAGCCAAAAAGGGCCAGACACCCUCCCAAAUUGGCGUUAUCCUUCGCGAUUCUAUGGGUAUCCCCCAAGUAAAACCCAUCACCUCUAAUAAAAUUCUCAGAAUCCUCAAGGCACAUGGAUUAGCCCCUGAAAUACCAGAAGACCUAUACUUUUUGAUCAAAAAGGCUGUAUCCAUCCGCAAACACUUGAGCAGAAAUUUGAACGACAAAGAUUCAAAGUUCAGAUUGAUUCUUGUAGAGUCCAGGAUACACAGAUUAACAAGAUAUUUCAAAAAGAAGAGACAAUUGCCUGCUACUUGGAAAUACCAAUCUUCCACUGCAAGCUCACUCAUUGCCUGA